GCGCCCUGUGGCGGCCGAGCCGGGGCAGCCUGCUCAGCGCCGCGGCGGCGGCGGCGGCGGCUGGAGACAAAGCGCCCAGCUAAUGAAUGGGACGGGCCCGCCCGGCCCUUCCUUUUAACUCCUUCGGGCCCGGCCGGGCGGCGGCGGCAGCGGCGACCUCCGGCUUUCCCUGCGGCGGCCGCCCGGGGAGAUACAAUCAUCUUUAAGUUUGAGUAACAAGUAUUUAACCUCAAAUGAAGCUUCCUGCAUGCAGCAGAACAGAUAUAGUUGAUGACAAGCAUCAAAAGCACAGCAAGGAAAAAUAGGGAAGAAGGUCUACAACUGCAGUUCCUUGUUCAAGGCUAACUCUCAUCUAUUCACCUCAACUUGAACUGGGACCAUCAAGGAACACAGUCAUCAGUGUUUAACUGCCUGGCUUCUGCUCAGUGGUAUCUUGUACCGAAAGAUGUAUGUGCUUCCAUAUCAUCAAUAUGGGUGUGAUUGCUAACUUCCAUUUCAUUCAGUGUUAUAUUGAGGGCUGUAAAUUUAGUCUCUGCUGCUGGACCUGAUUUCACAAACCCGUGGAAAGCACUGGGCAGUGUGUUAGUGAAUCAGCUCAUGGAAAUAUGGUGCAGAAGAAUCACAGUUGUCCAAUCGAGAUGAAUAGAAUGGCUUCCUUGACCAAGAAAACAGAAGAUUCGAUUUUUAGGAUGAUAUCUACAACAUGAAGCAUUCAACAGAAGCUGCCUUUGAGAAUGUUCAUCUAUGACCUGAAAUGUCCUGAUCCUGGGGAAAAAGAUGAGAUUCCAUUAAUUAAGUCUAUAAUUUCUUAAUGCAUCCUUAUGACUAAUCAUUUUUGCGUCCACACAACACGGAUACAGAAUUCAUAAACCAGAGAUUAUUUUAACACGUAGAUUUGUGUUUGUGCAUUCAGUAUACAAGAUACAUCGUUUUAAUCAAAUUUUACAUAAUCUUUUAAAUUAUCUGUAUUUAUUAAUAAAUGAAGACUUGGCAAGAGGAAUUUGUCAGCCAUGGAAAACAGUAAAUCAGGUUCCCCCAUCAUGGAUGGUAAUUUCAUCUUGGGAAAAAUCAAUAACUUGAAAGUAGAACAAGAGGAAGAUGGCAUUAACUGUACUCUAGAAAGAAUGGAUAUAAAGACAGAACAAGAUGAAUUCAAACAUGCAGACAGCAGUGAUGAACAAGAAGACAAAGAAAAGAACUUCAUUAGCAACAACCCUAGCAAAUAUUUAUCUACAGAAAAUGAAGAUGAUUAUGGAUCUCUUUUUUCUCAGUAUAGUAGUACGCUGUAUGAUGUAGCAAUGGAGGCUGUGACACAGAGCCUCCUUUCCAGCAGAAAUAUAAGCUCCAGAAAAAAGUCACCUGCUUGGAACCAUUUUUUUAUAUCUCCUAGAGAUAGCACUAAAGCAAUAUGUAUGUACUGUAUGAAAGAAUUUAGCAGGGGUAAAAAUGAAAAGGACCUAAGUACAAGUUGUCUCAUGAGACAUGUGAGGAGAGCCCAUCCUACUGUACUAAUUCAAGAAAAUGGGACUAUGCCAAAUAUAUCUUCCUUUUCUUCACCUACAUUAUUACUGCCUCCUCAGUCUGCAGAUAUGGGAGAUCUGAGUUCUAUGUUAUCCCCUAUAAAACUGGUAAAGAAAAUGGCUUCUAAAAUACCAUCUCCAGAUCGAAUAAUUGAGGAAUCUGUUUCUAUUGUUUCUUCUGAAGAAAUAGCAGAUCUCUCUGUUUCUGAAAAGUGCAACAAAGAAGAAGUCAUGGUUGGGUCAUCUCCACAGCUGCCCAACAGCCAGUAUGAUGAAACUGUGGAGAAUGUAGCAGAAAAAACUGUUGUAAUUCCAAAGAACACAUCAGGUUCUAGAAGGAGAUCUGCUGUCUGGAAACACUUUUAUUUAUCACCGCUUGAUAAUUCUAAAGCUGUUUGCAUCCACUGUAUGAAUGAAUUCAGUAGAGGAAAAAAUGGAAAAGACCUGGGAACGAGUUGUUUGAUAAGACACAUGUGGAGAGCACAUCGUUCCAUUGUCCUGCAAGAGAACGGGGGUGGUACCAGUAUACCACCUCUCUACACCACACCUCCAACUCUGUUGCCUUCUUUGCUGCCAUCAGAUAGUGAUCUGAAUUCUAUGUCAUCCUCUCCUGGAAAACUAAUGAAAGAAUCAGCUUCUGUGUCCUCUUCUCCAGACAGAAUCUCAGAGGAAAUACAUACUAAUCUCUCUUCUGGAGAUGUUCUAGUGGAAGACUCAAUGCUGUCAUCUUCUGAUGACAUAGGUGAAGUCUCAUUUGUGUCCUCCCCUGAGAAACAGUGUGAGGGAUUAGGCCCACUCAUAUUUGAACCUACUGCGGUAUUUCAGCAAAAUAAAAGGAUUAUGAAAAGGCUUAAAUCAGAAGUUUGGCAUCACUUUUCAUUGUCACCUGCUGACAGUCUAAAAGCAGUAUGUAGAUACUGCAGUUGUAUGAUAAGUCGUGGUAAAAAAGGAGAUGUAGGAACGAGCUGCUUGAUGAGACAUCUAUAUAGACGCCAUCCUGAUAUAAUUGGAAGCCAAAAAAGCUGUCUUGAUGUUAGUUUGGCAAAUUCUCCUUAUGCUACUUUGGCUUCUGCAGAAUGUUCAUCCUCAAAGUUGACUGAGUUACCUACAAUGGUUACACACGAUAAUCAAAUUAUUUUUCCUGUCAAUAGCAAGAAGACCUCAAAACUGUGGAAUCACUUUUCAAUUUGUUCUGCAGAUUCAACAAAAGUAAUAUGUAUGCACUGUGGACGUACAAUAAGUAGGGGGAAAAAGCCAACAAAUCUGGGCACGAGUUGCCUUCUAAGACAUUUGCAGCGGUUUCAUAACAAUGUAUUGAAAACUGAUGUCUCAGAGACUGUAUUAUCCACAUCUACGGAUAAUCAUAUGCCACUGAGCACAGAAUUAUUAGCAUCUUCAACUUUUGAUGAAACCAAUGACAAGUUUUGUGACUCUCACCCAGUUGCCAAAAAAAUCACAAGUCUUGUAGCUGAAAUGAUUGCACUUGACCUUCAGCCAUAUUCUUUUGUAGACAACAUUGGCUUUAACAGGCUGCUUGAAUACUUGCAACCUCAGUAUUCUUUACCUUCUCCAUCUUACUUUUCUAGGACAGCAAUUCCAGAUAUGUAUGAUAAUGUAAGACAAAUAAUUAUUUCUCAUCUUAAAGAAGCUGAAAGUGGAGUGAUCCAUUUUACAUCAGGAAUAUGGAUGAGCAACCAAACACGAGAAUAUCUAACCCUUACAGCUCACUGGGUAACAUUUGAGUCUUCAUUUCGACCGCAGUGUGAGGAUUAUCACUGUUCAGCACUAUUAAAUGUAUCACAGAUCGAUUGCGACUACAAUGGAAUCAGUAUUCAAAAGCAGUUAGAGUACUGGUGGGAAAUGUGGAUUACUUCCAUUGGCCUUCAGAUUGGGAUUACUGUUACUGAUAAUCACAGUAUAGAAAAAACUUUAAAUGAGGGUGAUCAUUCAAGUGUACAGUGCUUUAGUCACACUGUUAAUGUCAUCGUAAACGAGGCCAUUAAAAGCCAGAGAAUGGUUCAGAAUUUGCUAAGUAUCGCAAGAAAGAUCUGUGAACGUGUUCAUCGGUCAGCAAAAGCAAAAGAGAAGUUAGCUGAGUUGCAAAAAGAGUAUGAGCUGCCUCAGCAUCAGCUUAUACAAGAUGUUCCAUCCAAGUGGAACACAUCAUUUCAUAUGCUCGAACGUUUGAUUGAACAGAAAAGAGCAAUUGAUGAAAUGUCAAUAGAGUGCAGCUUUCGGGAGCUGAUAAGUUGUGAUCAGUGGGAAGUUAUGCAGUCAGUGUGUCAUGCUCUCAAGCCUUUCGAAGCCGCAAGUAGGGAAAUGAGUACACACAUGUCUACUUUAAGUCAAGUGAUCCCAAUGAUCCAUAUACUUAACAGGAAAAUAGAAAUGCUAUUUGAGGAAACAAUGGGCAUAGAUACUAUGCUGAAAUCUUUGAAAGAAGCUAUGGUGAGCAGAUUGUCCUCCACACUUCAUGAUCCAAGGUACAUUUUUGCGACGCUUCUGGAUCCUCGCUAUAAAACAUCUUUAUUUACUGAAGAGGAGGCUGAACAGUAUAAACAAGACUUAAUCAGGGAGCUGGAAAUAAUGAGUUCUACCUCAGAAGAUGAUAAACCUGUUUCCAAUGGAUGUGAUAUAGGUUCACCAUCUACAAAUUCGUAUGGAGAAGAUAAUCUUUGGUCACUCAUGGGUGACAUGAAGAAGACGAAAGAUCUGAAGGAGAGAGCAAAGUUACCAGAGGAAAUGGUGCUUUCUUACUUGGAGGAAGAAGUACUCGAGCAUAACUGUGAUCCUCUAACUUACUGGAACUUUAAGAAGUCAUCUUGGCCAGUACUGUCAAAAUUGGCUGUCAGGUUCUUGGGUUGUCCACCAAGUAUUGUUCCUUCAGAGAGAUUGUUUAAUACAUCCAAUGAAAGCAACAACUUUAGUCAGUCGAGAUUAAUGAUUGAACACUUUGAAAAACUUAUCUUUUUGAAAGUGAAUCUUCCUUUAAUAUACUUCCAGUAUUGAAACUAACGAACAAACUGCUAGACUAAAAAUUUUGUUGCUCACUGGAUAAUAACUAUCUGUAACUUGGAUUGUUAAAUUGCUCCAAUAGGGGCCAUGUAUGACAUCUAAUCAGUGACUAUAAUUCCAAAUUUUAGUUUCAUUUUUUCAGCUUUCAAUAUGUCUACAUGUGCCUUAUUCAUAGUACUUCAGGCCAGAUAUUGUAUAUAUGUUUUUUUUAAAAGUUCACACUAGAGAUAGACUGUCUUGUCAAGUUAUACAGAAUUAUGUAGGUUUUAAUCCGUAACUGUAAAUGAACUUUUAAAAAGAAAAACUCAGUCAUUUGUUUUAAUAGGAUGGCAAAAAAAAAAAAAAGAAAAAAAAAGAUGUAAACAGUUCUAUUCUGUAGUUUUUUAUUCAAUUAUUAUGUAAAAACCAUAAACCAGGUACUGUAUUUUAGUUGCAUUGCUUUAAUUGCAAAAAAAAAAAAACAAAAACAAAAAAAAACAACAAACAA